AUGAUUUCUCCUGUAAAACGUUUAUGUAGUUCGUCAUCAUCAUCAUUAGUAAAACGUCAGUGGCAUCCGAUCGUCGAUGAUGAUUAUCUUCGUUUACCAAAUUUACAAUCAAUGAUUGUUGCUCGUGUUAAAGAUCGUCGAUUAACAUCAGAUAUUCUUCCGUCAAUAAAUAAAAUAUAUCCAUGGCCUAAUUCUUUAAAACAUGUUAGACGAUUGCAUCAACAUGAUAAUCAGUUAGAUAUUCUUCUUUAUCCAUCAUCAUUUUUAUCAUCGAUUGAAAAAAGUCAAUUUGAAAAAUAUUUUGAAAAUGAAACACGAUUAAUAAAUAUUCCAGAAAAUCCUUGUUUAUUAAAAUGGCAAUAUGAUAUAUGUAUUAAUCAAUAUUGGCCUAAUUUAGCAUUUAGAGAAAAUAAAAUUCUUGAACAAUCACAAUUAAAUAAAGAUCUUACAGAACAAGAUGAAAUUAGUCUUGAUCUACUUCAGAAAAUUCAAGAAAAUGAUAAAGAAUCUCAUUGUGCAAUUAUUGUUGAUAAUGAAAGAAAAAUUCCUCUUGUUGCUUCUCGUGAUUAUCGUCAUGAACAUCCAUUACAACAUUCGACAAUGGUUGCUAUUGAUUUACUUGCUGCAAAUUCAGUUUAUUUAAGAGAAAAUUUAGUUGAAAAAUUUAUUGAAAAAAAAGAAAAAAAAGCUUAUUUAUUAAAUGGUUGUUCGAUUUAUUUAACACAUGAACCUUGUAUUAUGUGUGCUAUGGCAUUACUUCAUUCGAGAAUAUCAACUGUUUAUUAUUUAAAUAAAAAUCCAAAUGUUGGAGCACUUGGUUCAAUGUAUAAAUUACAUACUUUAAAAAAAACAAAUCAUCGUUUUUCUGUUUAUCAUUUAGAACAAAUAAAUAGUAAUGAUACACUCAAUACAUAG